UUUCAGAUUCUACGUAGAUCGGAACACAGUCCCAUCAAAAAUGGCUUCGUUGGUAAAUGUUUUGCUGCGAAAAUCUCCAAAUUUCGGGUCUUCAAAGACCCUAUUGUUAAAUUUACCAGCAAUUAAUAAUGUGAAUUCUAAACGCAAUGCCCAUCGAUGGAUGCCCGACACAGACUUUGUGAAACAAUUUGAGGGGGCUGUCAUGUUUCCGGAAGGUGUUACUGCCUUAAUGAAGCACCCGCCAUAUAACAGCAUAGUGGCACCAGGUGAAAAGCAUGUGCGUAACAUGAUCAUCAACUUUGGGCCACAGCACCCAGCUGCUCAUGGAGUACUCCGACUUGUGCUCGAACUGGAUGGUGAGACUGUCCGCGGCGCCGACCCUCAUAUAGGCCUCCUACAUAGAGGCACUGAGAAGCUGAUAGAAUACAAGACCUACACUCAAGCAUUACCCUACUUCGACCGUCUGGACUACGUGUCCAUGAUGUGCAAUGAACAGUGCUACAGCUUGGCCGUGGAGAAACUCCUGAACAUUGAUAUACCUCUCCGUGCUAAAUACAUUCGAACCUUGUUCGCGGAGAUAACUCGUCUCCUCAACCACAUAAUGGCAGUAGGAACCCACGCGUUGGACGUAGGCGCUCUGACGCCGUUCUUCUGGCUGUUCGAGGAGCGCGAGAAGAUGAUGGAGUUCUAUGAGAGAGUCAGCGGAGCCAGGAUGCACGCCGCUUACAUUCGCCCUGGUGGAGUAGCCUUGGACAUGCCGCUCGGUCUAAUGGAUGACAUUUACGAGUUUGCGAGCAAGUACAGCGAGCGGCUCGACGAGCUGGAGGACGUUCUAACUACCAACCGCAUCUGGGUGCAACGGACCAAGGACAUUGGUGUGGUCACCGCACAAGACGCGCUCAACUAUGGCUUCAGCGGUGUAAUGUUGCGCGGGUCGGGCAUCAAGUGGGACCUGCGCAAGAGCCAGCCCUACGACGCGUACCACCUCGUGGACUUUGACGUGCCCAUCGGCACCAACGGAGACUGCUACGACAGAUAUCUAAUCCGCGUGGAGGAGAUGCGUCAAUCGUUACGCAUCAUAGAGCAGUGCCUCAACCAGAUGCCUGCCGGAGAGAUCAAGACAGAUGACGCCAAGUUGACUCCUCCAUCCCGUGAAGAAAUGAAGACGUCGAUGGAGGCGCUGAUCCACCACUUCAAGCUGUUCACGCAGGGCUACCAGGUGCCGCCCGGGGCCACCUACACCGCCGUGGAGGCGCCCAAGGGCGAGUUCGGCAUCUACCUCGUCUCCGACGGCGGCUCCAAGCCCUACAGAUGCAAAAUCAAGGCACCAGGCUUCGCUCACCUCGCUGCCCUGGAGAAAAUCGGCAAAAACUCCAUGUUGGCCGACAUCGUCGCCAUCAUCGGCACGCUCGACGUCGUGUUCGGCGAAAUUGACCGAUAAAAUAAAUAAUUACGUAAUAAGCGAUCGAUCAGUGUAGAUUAAAUUGUACAUUUCUAAGUUUAAGUAAUAAUAAAUUAUUUGUAAAGAU